AUGCGACCUAAUCGUCUUGACCUUGAUUGGUUGCGUUUACCACGUAUAGAGUGUCUCCAUCGUGAAGCCGAAAAGGGUAAUUUCAAGGGAAAUCACGAAACACACACUGGUAUGGCUGACGCAAAUAAUGGUAUCCAACAAGAUAUGGCCCCUCCAACAAAACCAAACUUAACUUUCCGUUCUGACCGGAAACAUUCAAACGAAAACAUGUGUCUUCGAGUAGAGAACAAUUUCUUUCGUGCGAUCACACCACCUCCUCAACAAGGGCUGUCAUUACCUCAAGAGCCCCAUAUCUCCCAAGGAGACUUGCGAAGGCUGCUCGAUAUAUCACCGAUAAGUGGUGUGUCAGAAAGCUAUAUUGAGCAAACCAACCAAGAUCUAGCGCACGCCUUCAGAUCUAAGCAGCGGUUUGAACUAGCAGGCCAGGAGUUGCCCGAACUUAUCAUAAAAUCUUUACAGUUUAGACAAUGGCUAGUCAACCCAGUAUCCAGAGAGCUUCUCAUCCAUGGGAAUGGAUCAUCCGAGCCGACAUCUCCUCUCACUUUCUUCUGCUCCCUGUUGAUCAAGAAUAUGAUCAGUAUGGACCGCUUCCGUACCGUCUUUUUCUUCUGCGGAUCUCAUACACGAUCACACGAUCCCUAUUCCGGAGGCAUUUCAAUGAUCAAGAGCUUUCUCGCGCAAUUACUUUCACAGGACCAGUUCGAUUUGAAAUUCCUAAGUCUUGAUAACAUCGAGCAGAUUAAGGCAAUAAUCUUGAAGCGCUUCGAUGGCUUUUCAAGACUCUCGUGCAACACUUGGAUAGAGGGAUAA